GUGUUUUUUCAGUCAGAAAAUUACAACCAGAUUAUAAAUACAGCUGAGAAAAUGCAGUUGUGAUGUAGUUUAUGCACUAGGAUACUUCUUUCCUCCUAACCUCCAUUUGACAGGACUGGAACCAGACGUGGUAUACAAACACCCCAAGAUUUACCUGGUGCUUUGAGAGUACAGUUAUUGCCUGGAUACCUUGUGCCUAUCUUUGGAUCUGUUUUCCUUUCUACUACUUGUAUCUUCGACACAAAAACAAAGGCUAUAUCAGGAUGUCCCACGUCUUCAAAGCCAAAAUGGUCCUUGGAUGCAUCCUGGUAAUGCUCUGUUUUUCUAAUGUCUUCUUUGUACUGUGGGAGGUGAGCCAAGGAAUCCCACGGGCUCCGGCAUUCUUCAUCAGCCCUGCUGUGGUGGGAAUCACAGUGAUCCUUGCCAUGUUCCUCACCCAAGUGGAAAGAAUGACGGGCAUCCAGUCUUCAGGUGUCCUGUUGAUUUACUGGCUGCUCUCAUUCAUAGCUGCAGUUGUGAUGUUUAGUUCCAAAGUCCAACAUGCCCUGGAAAGAGGCUUCCUGGAAGACUACUUCCACCACAUUACAACUUACCUUUAUGCUAGCCUGGUGCUAGGAGAACUUGUGUUAGUUUGCUUGGUCGAUCAUCCUCCCUUCUUCUCUAAAGCUAUCAACAAUCCUAAUCAGUGUCCAGAAGCCAGCAGCUCUUUCCUUUCCAAAAUCACAUACUGGUGGUUCUCUGGGCUCGUCCGGAAAGGCUGCCAGCAGUCCCUGGGGGUGGAUGACUUGUGGCCAGUGAGGAAAGAGGACUCCUCUGAAGAAAUUGUUGCCUGGGCUGAGAGAGAGUGGAAGAAGUGUCACAGCAGAACCCAGCAAAAAAGGGAGUCUGCUACAUUUAAAAAAGGUCAGAAGAGUGACACUGGCAUAGCAGAAGCUGAAGAGACAGAAGUUCUACUGCAUUCAGAGCACAGUCAGAGUGGGCCCUUACUGAGAACAUUUUGGAGCAUGUUUGGAACCUAUUUCCUUCUCAGCACUGCCUGCUUAGUUAUCUGUGAUGUCUUCUUGUUCUCCAUCCCAAAGUUACUGAGCCUUUUCCUGGAGUUCAUUGAGGAUCAAGAAGCCCCUAGCUGGCAUGGUUAUUUCUAUGCCUUCACUAUGUUCCUUUUGGCUUGUCUCCAGACUUUGUUUGAACAACGAUAUAUGUACAUGUGUCUUGUUCUGGGGUUGAGGCUGAAAACUGCAGUAACAGGGCUUGUGUACAGGAAGAUCCUAGUUAUGUCAAAUGCAUCAAGGAAAGCAGCAACAGUAGGUGAAAUUGUUAAUCUGGUAUCUGUUGAUGUCCAGAAGCUAAUGGAUCUGAUUAUCUAUUUUAAUGGGACCUGGCUUGCUCCUAUUCGGAUUAUCAUCUGCUUUGUCUUCUUGUGGCAGCUUCUUGGGCCAUCAGCCUUGACUUCGAUUGCUGUAUUCCUUUUUCUUUUGCCUCUGAAUUUCAUGAUCACCAAGAAGAGGAGUCAGUUUCAGGAGAUCCAGAUGAAACAUAAAGAUGAGCGGGCCAAACUCACCAAUGCCAUUCUCAGUGACAUUAAAGUAAUCAAACUGUAUGGCUGGGAGAAGAUAUUCAUGGAGAAAGUGUUUGGUAUUCGGAAGCAAGAACUUCAGGCCCUAAAAAGAUCUCAGAUUCUCUUUGCAGCAUCUCUAGCUUCUUUCCAUUCAUCAACUUUCCUGAUUGCAUUUGUCAUGUUUGCUGUCUAUACCCUGGUGGAUAACACACAUGUCCUGGAUGCUCAGAAGGCCUUUGUAUCUUUAACACUGAUCAGCAUUCUCAACACUGCACACUCCUUCCUGCCAUUCUCCAUAAAUGCUGCUGUCCAGGCCAAAGUUUCUUUAAACCGCUUAGCAGCUUUCCUGAAUCUUGAAGAACUGAAUCCUGAGAGCUUAAGCAGAAACACUUCUGACUGUGUACAGGCAAGUAUCACCAUAAACAAUGGGACUUUUUGCUGGAGCAGAGAGACUUCUCCUUGUCUUAGAAGCAUAAAUCUUAUGGUGCCUCAAGGCUCCUUGCUUGCUGUAGUUGGCCAGGUGGGUGCUGGAAAGUCCUCCUUGCUGUCAGCAUUACUUGGUGAGCUGGAGAAGGCAGAUGGCUGCGUGACCAUGAAGGACACUGCAGCUUAUGUUCCCCAGCAACCUUGGAUACAAAAUGCUUCAGUGGAAGAUAACAUUCUCUUUGGGAAAGAGCUAGAUGAAACAUGGUUCAACAGAGUGAUAGAUGCUUGUGCACUGCAACCUGAUUUGGAGAGCUUCCCUGCAGGGCAGAAGAGUGAAAUAGGAGAGAAGGGAGUAAAUAUAUCUGGAGGGCAGAAGCAGAGAGUGAACCUUGCUCGUGCCGUGUACCAAAAUGCUUCAAUUUACCUACUUGAUGACCCCCUCUCAGCUGUUGAUGCCCAUGUUGGACAGCACAUUUUUGAACAUGUUCUUGGACCCAAUGGCUUACUGAAGGACAAGACUCGUGUGCUGGUGACUCACACAAUCAACAUUUUGCCUCAAGUGGACAACAUUGUCUUUCUGGUGGAUGGAAUGAUCUCAGAAGUUGGUUCCUACCAAGAACUUCUACAGAGAAAUGGGGCUUUCGCAGAAUUCCUUCAUUCACACUUUACUCCAGAAGAGAAGGCAGAUGCUGGUUUUCCAGCUAUAGGAGACACCAAAGACACCAUCACUUCUAGCAAUGCUCCAUCACAGGAGAAGCUCUUUAGAAGUGACAAUUCAGUCAAAUCAUCUGCUAGGGGAAGGGAGACUAUUCCUGUAAGUCAAGACUCUACCACUGCUGUAGCCACUGAAGGAAGAUUAACCAAGGGAGAGAAAACUCAGCAUGGCAGGGUUAAUACUUCGAUUUACACAGCCUACCUGAAGGCGACAGGCUUACCACUGUGUGUGUACAUCAUCCUGUUGUACACAUGUCAGCAAGCUGUGUCAUUUUCUCGUGGUUACUGGCUCAGCAUAUGGACAGAUGACCCUGUCCACAACGGGACACAACAUCACACAGAGCUGAGAGUUGGAGUCUUUGGUGCACUAGGAGUCAUUCAAGCCCUUGGCAGAUUUGUCUCCACAGCAGCAGUCCUUCUCGGUGGUGUGUUAGCAUCACACAAGCUGUUUCUGCAGUUGCUGAGGAACGUUGCUAGAUCCCCAAUGGUCUUCUUUGAGCAAACACCCAUUGGAAACUUACUGAACCGCUUCUCCAGAGAAAUGGAUGCUAUUGAUUCCGUCAUCCCUGACAAGCUGAAGUCCUUGCUGGGGUUCUUGUUCAACUUGCUGGAGAUUUAUCUUGUGAUUAUAGUGACUACACCAAGAGCAGCGAUGGCCAUAGUGCCCUUGACUGUUCUUUAUGCUGUAUUCCAGCACUUCUACGUCAUCACCUCCUGCCAGCUGAGACGCACAGAGGCUGCCAGCAGAUCACCCAUCUACUCCCACAUUUCAGAAACCUUCCAAGGGAGCAGCGUGAUCCGUGCUUACAAGGACCAGGAGAGGUUUAUUUUGAAGAACAAUUUUCUAGUGGAUGAGAAUCAGCGAAUAUGCUUUCCUGGAGCAGUUGCUGACAGGUGGCUUGCUACAAACCUGGAGUUUCUAGGCAAUGGCAUUGUGUUGUUUGCAGCACUCUUUGCAGCAAUGGGCAGAACACAUCUUAGUCCUGGAACUGCUGGCUUCUCUAUUUCAUAUGCUCUUCAGAUAACUGGUGUUCUGAACUGGAUGGUGCGCUCCUGGACGGAAAUAGAGAACAAUAUUGUUUCUGUGGAGAGAGUGAGAGAAUACUUGAGGACUCCUAAGGAGGCACCCUGGACUCUGAACAGCAAACUUCAAGGUCAUGUUUGGCUCACUGAAGGAAGAAUUGAAUUUAGAAACUAUAGUUUGCGAUACAGACCAAAUUUGGAGUUAGCACUGAAGCAGGUCAACCUAACCAUCAAUGGGCAGGAGAAGAUCGGCGUAACUGGAAGAACAGGAGCUGGGAAAUCUACCCUUGCUGUGGGAUUGCUGCGAUUGGUGGAAGCUGCAGAAGGAUCAAUCCUAAUUGAUGGACUAGAUAUUGCUCAGCUAGGUCUCCAUGACCUUAGAACCAAGAUAACUGUCAUUCCCCAGGAUCCAGUUUUGUUUUCUGGCUCUCUAAGAAUGAAUCUGGACCCAUUAAACCAAUACAGUGAUGCAGACAUCUGGACAGCUCUGGAACUGACUCAGCUCAAGAACUUUGUUGCAGAUUUGCCAGAUCAGCUGGAAUAUAAGUGCACUGACCAAGGGGAAAACCUAAGCACUGGUCAGAAACAGCUCUUUUGUCUGGCCAGAGCACUUCUUCGGAAAGCCAAAAUCCUCAUUCUAGAUGAGGCCACAGCAGCAGUAGAUUUCGAAACUGAUCUUCAGAUUCAAUCCACCCUAAGGACCCAGUUUAAAGACAGCACAGUUUUAACAAUAGCUCACCGGAUAAACACCAUCAUGGACUGUGACAGGAUUUUAGUCUUGGAAAAUGGUCAGAUAGCUGAAUUUGAUACUGUGGAACACUUAAUAGCUCAGAAGGGACUGUUCUACAGACUGAUGGAAGAAUCGGGCCUUGCGUGACUCAUUCAUGGAGUAUACAUACCAUAAUGCCACCACUAUUGGGAAUAAUUGAUCUCGUAAUGGAGUUAUCUUUGUUUCACUCUAAAAUGCCUGACACUCAACCAAAUCUUGUUUGAGCUGUAACCGCAGUGAGUAGAUGAGAAGGGAUGACUUGGGGAUACAUGUUUUUUUCUGUAGGAAACGUUGCAAUUCCAUUUUCAUUAUGUU